UUUGGCAGUUCAGCUACACUGAACCUUUCAUUUUCUUUCCACUUUUCAAGGCAUUUCAACCCCCUUUUUUAAGAGGCGUAAACAUGUCAUCACCGCUGUCCAAGCCUCAGAUUAUCGCGCACAUUCAGAAAAGUUUGAACUACACCGUGUUUGACAGUAAAUGGAUCCCCUGCAGCGCAAAGUUUGUCUGCCUGGGGAACUUUGCGAGAGGAACCGGAGUGAUGCAGAUAUAUGAGGUGCAGCGCGGAGAGGCUCAACUUAUCAAGGAGGUAGAGAAGCCUAAACCCAUAAAGUGUGGGACUUUCGGAGCCACCUCUCUGCAACAAAGACACAUAGCAACUGGGGAUUUUGACGGAAAUCUCAACAUAUGGAAUCUGGAGAUGCCUGAAUUGCCAGUGUACACUGUAAAGGCCCAUAAAGAGAUUGUGAAUAGUAUCGAUGCUGUUGGAGGUCUGGGGAUUGGCGAUGGCGCACCUGAGAUAGUCACUGGAAGCAGAGACGGGACAGUGAAGGUGUGGGAUCCUCGACAGAAGGAUUCGCCCGUAGCCAACAUGGAGCCUGUGGAAGGAGAAACCAAGAGGGACUGCUGGACUGUUGCUUUUGGUCAUGCCUUCAAUGAUCAGGACCGCUGUGUGUGUGCUGGCUAUGACAACGGGGACAUCAAACUCUUCGACCUGCGCAAUAUGUCUCUACGGUGGGAGACCAACAUUAAAAAUGGGGUAUGCUGUGUGGAGUUUGACAGGAAAGACAUCAACAUGAACAAGCUGGUAGCCACCUCACUGGAGGGAAAAUUCCAAGUCUUUGACAUGAGGACUCAACACCCCACCAAGGGCUUCGCCUCUGUUUCCGAAAAGGCUCAUAAAUCGACCAUCUGGCAGGUGAGGCAUUUACCUCAAAACAGAGACAUCUUUAUGACUGCAGGGGGAGCAGGCAAUAUACAUCUAUGGAAAUAUGAGUAUCCCGCUCAGAGAAGCAAGAAGGACUCCGAUGACGUGAAUGUGGGCGUAGCCGGCACCGUUAACCUCUUACAGAAUGUCACUCUGUCCACUCAGCCGAUCGCCAGUCUGGACUGGAGCCCCGACAAGCAGGGCCUGUGUGUGUGUUCAGGCUUUGACCAGUCUGUGCGUGUGCUCAUCGUCACCAAACUCAACACGGUGUGAAAAAGUUGAUCCCACCAAAGACUGAUUCUUCAAGAUUCUUUAUCUACUUACGUUUUUGUAGGAUGCUCACUGAAAAUCUUUUGUUGAAAGUCUUUUGUUGCACUACUGGUUAACGUUGUUGUGCUCAAGUUUCGUCUGUUGCGAAAACUGUGACUCUUGAUAUGAAGUUUUGUUGAGAACUCUGUGUUUUCAGAUUAAAUGUGCCUUUGUAUGAAAAAAUCUGUCUCAAAUUUUUCAUGACACCAGGAUUAAGUAAAGUCAAGCCAUGAACCGUUUGUGUAAGCACAUAUUCAUGUAUUUCUGGUAUAAAAGCAAACAUGUUAAACUGUGACUCAAGGAUUCAAAAAGAUUCUUACAGCUAUCCAAUACUGAGUUACCAGGAUGAUCACAUCCAGCAUUUGAACUUGAAAAAGUCUUGUAGAUCCUGAUCAUCCUCCUGUCUGUCAUGGAUUCUUGCGUAGACGCUCCUCAGCAGCUUAUUCAUGGACUUUCCAUCCAAGAUGUCGAUAUAUUUCUCGAUGCAGCCUACAAACACAACCACAGGUCAGGAAAUUAAAAUGACUGCAGUCACACUAGCACACAUACUUUCACGUGUGAAGAAAUUAACUUCAAAACAUCCAAAAUGUCUUUCAUGUUGUUUAAACUCUGUAU